UCAGAGGACAGACUCCACCGAGACAUUGCAGGCGGAUUCAGCAGCAGCAACAACAGUUGCACCGAAAGACGAGGAAUUAUCCUCUUUUCAGCCUUUUUUCUUUCUUUUUGGAGUCCACUUUCUCAAGCCUGCUGUGAGACAUGGCCAACAAUCUCGCUAUAGAGGAGAGAAGGCAGCAGGUCAUGGCACAGGCUCAGAGCAUGACAGACGAGGAGAAGGUCUUCAGGCACAAGGGGAUCCUGUACCCCACUAUCAUGAGCCCGAUAGAAAAUCUGGAGGCCCUUAGGACCCUGGAGGCGCGACAAGAGGAUGUGGUGCUGGUGGCCUACCCAAAGUGUGGAUUUAACUGGAUGGUGGGCGUUCUACGAAAGGUCAUGACAGCAGCUACAGGAAAGACAUUCUUGAUGGCCCCUCCUCAUCUAGAGUUUCUGUCUCCGGAUAUACAAAAGGCGUUAGCACAAGAGGCUUCUCCCAGACUAAUGGCUACUCAUCUGCAUCCUGAUGAGAUGCAUCCCUCAUUCAGAGAGAAGAAAGCAAAGAUCUUGGUGAUGUGGAGGAACCCUAAGGACACGCUGGUCUCGUUCUAUCACUUCAUGAACAAGAACCCAGUGCUGCCCAAUGCGGAGUGGGACAAGUUCUUCUCAGACUUCAUGAGUGGAGAAGUAUUAUAUGGCUCCUACUUUGACCAUGCUGAAGCCUGGGAGAAGCUCUUCAAUGACCCAACUGUGAAGAUGAUCACAUUUGAGGACAUGAAAGAAGACUUGGCUAGGGGCAUCAGAGAAGUCUCGCAGUUCUUUGGCUUCAGCUUAACGGAUGAGCAGAUCCAGACCAUCUCAGGUCAAAGCACGUUCGGUGCCAUGAAGGAGGCUGCCAACAACACCCAUGGCAAAUUCAGCAGUGUCGUAUUCCGUAAAGGUGAGGUGGGCGACUGGAAGAACCACUUCAGUGAGGCCCAGAGCCAACAGAUGGAUGAGGAGUUCAACAAGAGACUAGCAGGAACCAAACUGGGGGCCCUGCUCAAAUACGACACCUACUGCAAGUAGGGAGCUGUUACACGGAUCAAUUCUUAUCUGUGCCUUGGACAGGAUGUCACGUCCAGUCGAAGCACAGAAGUGAACACAAACAAAUUAAGAUGAAUCUCUUUUUGAAUUUCAGUCCCUGUGCAAACCUCAAAUGAAACAACACUAAAAGCUGUGAUGAAAUACAGUACAGUAUGAAUGACCGACUAUACAAUUUCCUGUUGUGUUUGUCAUCAUCAUAUCAAGAGAUAUGGGAUUUAUAGCGGAAGAGUCAAAUAGAAGUGUCCAGUUGGGACAGACUCAGGACACUGUGAUGAAAUCUUCCCUUAUCCGAGAUUUGCCAAGACCUUUUAAAGGAAGUGUGUGUACUGUAACAUUUAAUUCUUGCUUCUGGUAUUGCUUAAAGGUGCUAAUGCAACAGCUAUUGCAAAUGUUGUUUUUUCUCUCUUUCAAAUUUACUUCUCUUUCUUAAUUAUGUUAUAGGUGGUGGUAGUGUAGUGGUUAAGGAGCUGGGCUAGCAUGCAGUAGCCUGAACCCCAAGUUGCUCCGGGGACAUUGUAAUAUUCUAAGAUAGUUGGCAUAUGAGUCACUUUGGACAACAGUGUCUACUAAAUUUAUUUACCCCAUCUAUUAUACCUCACAUGACUGCACAAUAAAAAAAUAUUUUGUAGAUUCUGCAUUUUUUUUACUUUUACAUUAAAAAAGGUUCCCAUUG